GAGAUGGCUGGAUGGAGUCACUGAAGCAGUAGGUGUGAACUUAGACUCCAGAAGAUGGUAGAGGACAGGAAGACCUGGAGGAAUGUUGUCCAUUGGGUCGCGAUGGUUAGGACAUGACUUCUCAACUAACAACAACAACAUGAAUUUACAGGUUUCAGAUAUUCCAAAAGGUCAAAGUCUAUUUAAAUCUUUACAGAGUAUAAAGUGUAAAAUAAUACAAAAUUAAUUCCAUAAUUAAUGUUUAUCUAUAAUAAUAGGAGUUACUAAUCUAAAUUUCUCUAAUCAUCCAAAGUAAGAGAGAAAAUCCAGUUCUCAGUAACUAUGAUUUGUAGGUUUCUGUAGGUGGUUGAAAUCUUCUCAUGUAUCCAAAUAUGAAGCCCAGUGGAACACACUGAUUUCAAUGGAUUGCCAAAUUGAAUGCCCAUUUGUUUACACAGUCUAGUAAAAACAGUACAAUGCCAACAAACUGCAUUGAAUUAUGUAUUCUAUUUAAGUUUGUUCACUUUUAUAAGAACAUAUAGUUCUUGAAGAAUGUAUGUUCAAAAUUAUAUUUGUUCCUAUCCCCACCUCCACAUGUCUCAAAAAGUGUAGACUACUGUACAACCCCGCUUAAUAUUUUUUAAAGUGUUCAUGUAGCUUUAUUGACUCUUUUGUUGGCAGAGGUGAUAUUUGUAAAGGUUUGCCACAUUGUGUAGUCUUUUUAGAAUCAAAAAGAUGUCUCUGUGCCGUGUUGGUUCUCCAUCCACAGAUCCAGGAUAUACUGUAUUAAGAAAGAAAGAAAAUUUGUCUUUCUGUAUAAAUGAUUCUUGAAGGUAGUAAUUUGGUUGAAAUGAUAUGUACCUAAAAUGGUUGUUUUCUGAUCAGUUUCCUUCCUUCUGAUAGAUAUUUGCAUCCCAAGUUUAAAAAGCAAAAUAAUAAGAAUAAAAAAAUAUCUUCCUCUUUUAAAUCUUAGAGUAAUAAUAUAUGAGUUGUCAAAUAAAUUUUGUUAUUAAAUAAAAUUAAAAAUUUGAAAUAUUUGAGAAGGUUCAGUUACUUAUGAUAUGAAUGUGAUAUGCUUAACUAAAGUGCUUAUCACAUGCUGAUAGAAAUUAAUAUCAUAUUUUUGUAUUGUAUUUGAAGAAGUGGACAUGUGCAGAAACUGUGAGUACAAUUAGUGUCAAGCAGAUAAAUCCACCUCUAAUCCUGUUUAUGCUCUACAUCAGGCAGAUGUGCCAAAAUUGAUGUAGACGUGCUCUUGGCUUACAGUAAUAUUUUAAAGAGCUAUGUACUGAUUUUUCUGAGGCCUUUCUUAAUGUUAAGUGUGAUUAAAAAGAGAAGAAAAUCUAACAAGUGUAACCUUACUUUAUGAAGGUUUGUGGCCUGCUCUUAUGGUGACGAAACAACAAUAGCAGGAAAGACUAUCUUUGUUCCUUGUAAUUAAAUUGAUUUCAAAAAUACAGUGGGAAGUGGGAGCUGAAUCAAAUAAAUAGCAUGAUAUCUAAUGUAUACUUAAAUCCCCUCUAAGAACAGAUGGCACCCUGUAUCCUUCUAGGUAAUAUGAGAUGAGAGUUAAUGUUUUGAAACAGCUAGCAAUAAUCACUAUUGUACUAAUGAAUGGAUAAUUCUUAAAUGAAAAAGAAAAGUUUGCCGUAUAAAUUUAUACACCAGUUUUAAUUAAAAAAUUAAAAAUUUUCAUUUUUUAACUGAGAAAUUGAUGGUAAAAUUCCAUUCUUUCAGGUGAAGUUCUACAUUUUGCAAUUUCUUUCUCAUUAAAAUUGUUUAUAACUGUUUAAAAUAACAUUGUGUAGCCAUUUGAAAUUGGGGCUAACACUCCAACAUUUUCUUGUGUACAGAAACGUUGCAGAACGGCCAAUUCCAGGUGGUAAUCUCCAUAAGACCAGUUACAUUGGAACUUCAAAAAAUAUUUGUAAUACACUAACCAUGGUCAGCAUUCUACUUUUUUAAAGGGCUGACAAACAAGAUCACCAGUUUUUUGGGAUGUGGCAGCAAUGCAAAACAAUGCAAGAGACAUUCAAUGUAAUGUGUCUAUGAACUUCAUGUAGAGGUUCCAGGAUUGGUUUACAGCAAAAGGAAAAAUCUGUUGAAAUGAAAGAAGUAUUUUCCAUAAAACUGAAACGUCGUCGUUUUGCUGGGCAAGAAAAAGGAGGCAUACUCUUAGGAAUUACUAUUUUUGCAUGUCUAAACAAAGAAGGCAAUAAACUUAAAGAUACCACGAUCAAUCUAGGUAACAUAAGUGAAGACCAUUGUUACUUGUGGUUUAGGUCUUUGAAGAAAAUUUUGAAUGGGUUUCCAGAUCGGCCAAAGUCAUUAAAAGUAUUUAUCAAUCCAACAAGCCAUAAAAAAGAAGCUACUCGGAUUUAUUAUGAGCAAGUUGCUCCCCUCUUUAAACUGGCUGACAUCAUGACUGACGUUACUGUUACUGAAUAUGAAGGUCAUGCUCUUACACUGCUCAAGGAAUGUGACUUAAAUUCUUUCCAUGGGGUGGUUUGUGUUGGUGGAGAUGGCACUGUCAAUGAGAUUGCUCAUGGUCUUUUGGUUAGAGCCCAGAUAGAUGCUGGAAAGAACUGUGACAAUGCACUUGUACCAGUCAAAUCACAACUUCCACUUGGGAUAAUACCAGCAGGUUCUACCAAUAUUUUGGCAUAUACUCUGAAUGGAAUCCAACACACACAAACAGCAACCUUUCAUAUAAUAUUGGGACAUCUAAAGUCAGUGGAUAUAUGCACCUUCAGUAGCCCUAUCAAGCUACUUCGCUUUGGAUUCUCUUCUAUGUUUGGCUUUGGAUCAAGGACCCUAGCUUUGGCUGAAAAGCACCGUUGGAUUCCACCAAAUCAGCGUAAAGAUUUUGCUGUAAUCAAGACCCUAGCAAGCCUCAAACCAGAAGAUUGUGAAAUAUCAUUCCUUCCAUUGAAGCAUUUACAGCAAGAUGCACAAGAAAAUGAUAGAAGGAAGAAAGGGAGAGUUAAACCAGACAGCACAGAUGAGUGGCAGAGAAUCCAGGGUCACUUCCUGAAUGUGAGCAUUAUGGCAAUCCCUUGUCUCUGUUCAGUGGCACCAAGAGGUUUGGCACCUAAUACCAGAUUGGAUGAUGGAAGCAUAGCUCUUAUAACUGUAAGGAAUACUUCCCGGCAAGAAUUUGUUAAACAUUUGAAAAGAUAUGCUAGUGAGAAAAACCAGUUCAGCUUUCCUUUUAUUGAUACUUACAUUGUUGAAGAAGUAAAAGUCUGUCCAAGAACCGGAAUGAAACAUAUCUCUGCAGAUAAUCUAAACUGUAUAGAUUCUGAAGAAAAGACUUAUCCCUGGAAUAUAGAUGGAGAUUUAGUGGAAUGGGCAACAGAAGUUCAUAUCCGAGUACAUCCCCAGUUGAUCAAUCUGUAUGGAGGAAAUGUUGUUAUUUUGGAUAAUCUGAAAGAAUCCUGCAGUUGUAUUUAGAAAUAAUCUAUGAAAAAAGUUACCUACUUUCCACCCCAAUCAUAUUUAUAUGACAAAAAUUGCAUAAAGUUAUGGAAGUCUGGAUGAUUCAAGUUAGAAGUAUGCAGUGUAUCUCAAGAUUCAACUCAGAACACAAUUCAGAGUCAUGGGAAAAUACCCACUUUCUUAUUGAGACAAAUGCUGUUACCUUCACCUUCAGGUUGGAUCAAGACAUAUUUUGUGAUUCCUAUUUUGGGUUUUGUAUGCAAAUCACCCAACUGUAGCUCUGACAAAUUUGCAGGAAUAUUAAAUAAUUAGGGGAGAUUGCCUACAUUAGAGAAAUAAUUUAGACUUUGGGGAAGUCAGCUCUUUCAGUGUUAAAAUUAUUUUAGGUUCAUAGCCGUAACUGCAUUGUUUUUAGACAGAACUAGAUGUUGCUUAUCCCUAAAAUUGCACACUCAUUUUUCAGACAGCUGGCUCAAAGUGAUGGAAGGAGGGAAAAAAAUUCGCUGACUGCCCCCAAGUGGAUGUUUUCCUCCAUACAAGGAAUGAUCUGACUUAAAAUGCCCCACCCACCCUACACCAGGGUUUUUCAAACUGUAUUUCAUGGAAAUUUAGGAAUCUGCAAGAAUGUAAUAUAGUUCCUCCAGAGACUAAAUUAUCCAAAUUGGAUAAAAGUAUUUUUCUUUGGGAAAUUACCCACGUACCCAUUACCCAAUCACAACAGGGACAUUUAAAUAAACUAAAAGGGUUUCACCUACAUUGGGUUAAACAAAACAACCACCUUUAUGAUAAGCAGCUUGAGGUAAUGAAGGGAAAAGUUUGGAAAGCAUUGUACUGAAGGCAAAAUAAAAAUUCACUUGAACACAGUCAGUUUUCCAUCACUGAGCUUUGCCUCUUGAUCAGGAGUUCUGGACCUGGUUCAGGUCUUCUAAUAGUUGAUUAUAAUGAAUGAACCCAUGCAUUACACUGGGCAUUCAGCGACCUUUUUAGAACAUCUUAAGGACUCCUUUCUAAUAAUUCACAAUUUACAGGAUAUUUGGAGUGAGUUAAUAUAUAAAAUUAUUACCCAGUUUUUAAUUGAAAUAGAAAUAUAUCUGCAUACUAACAGAAUAUUUUUCAAUUUGUUCUUUAAAGCAGAACAACUAAAAUACUUAGCUAUGAAUUAUGAUUUUAUAUGAGUAAAUAAAAUAAAAGUUGGCAUAUCAGCUAGACAUUUAAACAUGGCUGAUUUUUGAAAUAGAAAUUGGUGCAUUUGUACAUUGUGGCCUUAUAUAAAGCCUUUGUUCCUUAUAUAAUUCAUUCAUAAAUAAAACCCAGCAAAACCA